AAAAAGUUAGAGUAUUAUUUAUUAUUUCGUCUAUAUGUAAAAAUAAAAAAUAGAGCAAUUUAGAAAUCCCUAAAUUCCAGUCCCGCCUCUCUCACAUGUUACCCGCCCCAUCCAUUUGGAGUUCGUCUACACAUCUGUCUGCAACAGGUUUCUCUUGAAAUUCAAUUGGAUUCAUAAUAUGAACAACAUGUUGCUUCCGAUUCACACCAAUUGCUUUCUUCCACUUGUCUAUGCUGCGUUUCCACAUAAGAUUCAGGAUGUUCGUUUUAUGGUCAACAACUGCGCCCCCACUUUCACAAAGUAUUGUCAAUUUGGGAUUCAUUAUUCUUAUUAUUAUUAUCAUCAUACAACAACAAGAAGAAGACGUUCAUAUUGUCGUUCUGGGAUGAGGGACACAGUAGUCUCUGAUUGGGAACUGCAGGAAGGUCGUAUCGCGGUUUCAAUUUUUCUUCAACAAAUGGGUGUGUCGGCCGAGGAAUCAAAAUCAAUAGCAUCAAACUCCCCAGCAUAUCUCAACAUGUUGGUAGAAAGUGUUAGGGAUUUGGAGCACUUCUCUUCUUCUAUGCUGGAUGCUAAUGCUAAUGCUGACGGUGCGUUCAACUUGAACUUCAACUACAGGGACAAGAUUCUUCACAUUGCAGCUCUCAAAGGUGACAACGGCAAACUAGCCUACUUAGAGAGUCUCGGCUUCACACUCUCUUCCUCAAUGAACGUCGCCAGGUAUAUAUCCUCCGCUCACACCCUCCUGUCUCUCAUUAACAAAGUUACCUCUAUCAAACAACUCCUUUUUCCUCCCGCGCACACUACUCAUCACUAUCAACUCCUUAUCAAGAAUAUUCGUCUCAUCAUGACCCACUUAUCAAUUUCACUAGAUGAAGAUAUGCAACACACUUUCUCCUUUUUCGAAAAGGUUCAAGCAAGGCGUGGAGGUUUAAAUAUCCUUGCUUCUCAAGAUGCUGCUUUCCGUUGCUUCAUUGAAUCAUUUCCUCGUAUACUUUUGUUAUCACUAAAUAAUCACAUCUCACCUACACUGGAUAUUCUCCAAAAUAUUGGGAUCCCCGCAGAUCGCAUCCCCAACAUAAUAUUGGCUUUUCCUCCUAUUCUGCUCUGGAAUGUUGAACUCCUUCAGACUAGAGUUCUGGCCUUGAACCAGAUUGAUGGUGUGGAUAAAGAUUAUGCCAAGUUGAUGCUAAAAUAUCCGUGGGUUCUAUCUACAAGCAUUCAAGAGAACUAUAAGGAGGUCCUUGCCUUUUUACAUUCCGUGAAGGUUCCAAAGACAUGGACAGACCGUGCAAUCAAAAGACAACCUCAACUAUUGGGUUGUUCAACUAGCAAGCUGAAGUUGAUGGUAGAUCAGUUUGCCGAACUAGGAGUUCAAAGGAAAAAGUUGUAUCAGGUUAUCACUAGAAGUCCUCAGCUAUUAUUACAGAAGCCCGAAGACUUUCUACAGGUUGUUAUGUUCUUCGAAAAUAUGGGUUUUGAUAAGGAAAAUAUUGGGAGAAUACUUGCUCGCUGCCCUGAAAUUUUUGCCACCAGCAUUAGUAAAACUUUACAGAGCAAGAUUGAGUUCCUUAGUAGAAUUGAAGUUUCUAAAGCUUACAUUCCUUUGGUUAUCAGAAAGUAUCCAGAACUACUUGUGUCUGACAUUAACAAAACCUUACCUCAACGGAUAGUGUACUUUAUGAAGGUAGGACUUUCAGAGAAGGAAAUUGCACUUAUGGUACGUAAAUUUUCUCCUCUACUUGGGUACAGCAUAAAGGAGGUUCUGAUGCCAAAAUUAGAAUUUCUGGUGAACUCAAUGAAGAGGCCGGUAAGAGACGUGGUGCGCUACCCUAGGUAUUUUAGCUAUUCACUAGAAAAGAAGAUAAAGCCAAGAUAUCGGGUUCUGAAAGGAAGGAAUAUCGAAUGUAGCUUAAAGGAUAUGCUGGCAAAAAAUGAUGAAGAAUUUGCUGCUGCAUUUAUGGGUGUUGGAAAGAUGCUCGUCUGUCCUCCUUUGUCUUCACAUGAUAAGCUGUAAAUAUCAUUACCUUGUAGGAAUUCAUCUUAUCAGAACAGAUUUGUGUGUCCCUGUAACUUUUAAAAAGAAAGCAAACCUUUUAAUUUUCAGUUGUAGUAAAUUCAAACGUGAAUUUUUUAAUGACAGUGCAAGCUUGAUUUGGUUUCACGUUUGAACUUUUGAAA